AUGGCCCCCUCUGUCCAUAUGGUACUCCUUCUCACCUUCUUGCUGAACCUGUCAGAGACCCCUGUGUCUGCACCAGCCCACAGGGGACGAGGAGGCUGGACCCUCAAUAGUGCCGGCUACCUUCUGGGACCUGUCCUCCACAUCUCCCCAAAAGCUGACCAAGGCAGGAAGAGGGAGUCUGCUCGUGAGAUCCUAGACUUGUGGAAAGCCAUCGAUGGGCUCCCUUAUUCCCACACCCAGCGGGCCUCCAAGAGGACUCUGAUGGACACUUUUGCCAAAUUGGAGAUUAGAGGUGUGGACAAUGCCUAG